AAGAAUUGGAACAUUCUGUUGUGGCGCGAAAGUCUCUCUAGGAAAAGGUUACAGUCACUCUAUCACCUACUUGUGUUGGUGUUAUUUUUUCUCCUUAUGUGGAGCUGUAUAACAUCUGGAUUUUCCUCUCGCAGAUGUUUUGUGAGUAGGACGUUUAAGUGCAGCUGUAGCGGAUUAACCAACUGUGUCGCAAAACGAGCACUCUUAUAUAACAAGUUGUGCGCAGUCACAGUUAUCUGUGUAAACAUUGUGCUUUAAUUUACAAUUCUAUCCCCCGUGCAGAAGAAAUACUGUUCUGUUUAAUUCUAACUAUAUUUGCAUAUACAAACAUGAGUAGGGUGCAACAUAGAACGGACCAACAGCUUUCAGUGAACUUAGAAAAGGGACAGCAGUUUAAAACUGGCUCAAGGGUCAUCCCGAGCUGUAAGGAAAGCAGUAAAGCACAAAGAAGCAAGUCUCCUGUUCUCCCUAAACCAAAUGAACAGCAGCCACCCCAGGGUACGAACAUGGAACUCUCUGGCUAUAAGAAAGAAAGCACCGAUGAAGGGUCCGAAAACUUGAGUGAGGCUUUUAUAACUGACGCUAUGAUAAAAGAGGAGGAGAAACUGGAAAAGGAAGGAGUUGAGGAAGAGAGGAAGAUGCUUGAACAAGCACGUUUAUCUUGGCAAAGGGAUUCUCAAGAAAUGCGUUACAAAAGACUGCAGCACUUGCUGGAAAAGAGCAACAUUUACUCCAAAUUUUUACUCACAAAAAUGGAACAGCAGCAGUUAGAGGGUGACAGCCAUAUGAAUGGAAAUGAAAAUACUGAGCCAGCAAAUAAAAAGAAGAGGACUAGAGAAGAUGAAACGUAUAAUAUUGUGGAUGUCAUGUCUAAAGAGGAAAUCGUAGCCAAAGCUAAAAAGGUCAAAACCAAUGAUGAGAAAGCAGAUGCAUCAAGUAAGAAGAUAAUUACAGAAGAGAUUCUAAAGAGUGAAGCUUCCAAUACAGACAUCAAGCAUAGAUUGUCACAGACCGUACGACAUAAUGCUCAGCAUUUGCUGGAUCCUGUGAGGAAAUUCAAUGGGCAGUCAGUGCCAUAUCAGCAGCCAAAAUAUUUCACUGGAGGAAUUAUGAGAUGGUAUCAAGUAGAGGGCAUGGAAUGGCUUAGGAUGCUGUGGGAGAAUGGGAUCAAUGGUAUUUUGGCUGAUGAGAUGGGCUUGGGCAAAACUGUCCAGUGCAUUGCUAUGAUAGCCAUGAUGGUGGAAAGAGGAGUUCCAGGGCCUUUUUUUGUAUGUGGUCCAUUGUCUACCCUUCCAAACUGGGUCUCUGAGUUUAAGCGAUUUACACCAGAGAUUCCUGUGUUGUUGUAUCAUGGUAAUCUUGAAGAACGGCGUAGACUGCUUCGCUUGAUACAUAAACGUCAUGGCUUUUUGGAGGUCCACCCCGUUGUAAUUACUUCAUUUGAAAUAGCAAUGCGAGACAGAAAGAGCCUUCAGCGUUCUUACUGGAAGUAUUUAAUAGUUGAUGAAGGACACAGGAUUAAGAACAUGAACUGUCGCCUUAUUCGUGAGCUAAAAUCCUUCCCCUGUGACAAUAAACUUCUGCUGACUGGAACCCCUCUGCAAAACAACCUGUCAGAGCUGUGGUCACUUCUAAAUUUUCUUCUUCCAGAUGUAUUUGAUGAUUUAAAAAGCUUCGAGUCUUGGUUUGAUAUAACCACCUUAACUGAAAAUGCAGAUGAUAUUGUCAACAAAGAACGAGAACAGCAUGUUUUGCACAUGCUUCAUCAGAUUCUGACACCUUUCUUGCUGAGGCGAUUAAAAUCUGAUGUUGCUCUGGAGGUUCCUCCAAAGCGUGAAGUUAUUGUUUAUGCACCUCUUUGCAAAAAGCAAGAAAUUUUAUACACUGCUGUAGUCAAUAAGACUAUUGCAAAAAUGUAUGGGAAGGAUAAGAUGGCUUUGGGGAAAGUUGACCUUACUAAUAGCGGCCGUCCUAAGCGCAGAAGCAGGCGAAUUAUAAACUACUGUGAGCUGGAUAAAGCUACUCCUCAAGAUUUGGAACAGUACCUUCAGCGAAUACAGUCUGAAAUACAGAGCAGACCUGUUGAAGAUGAAAUUCCCAUGAAUUGUGAAGUUAACUUGAAGCUUCGAAAUGAAAUGAUGAUCCUCAGAAAGUGCUGUAAUCACCCAUACCUUAUUGAGUAUCCUUUGGAUCCAGCUACUCAGGAAUUCAAGAUAGAUGAAGAACUGGUGAGCAGCUGUGGCAAAUUUUUAGUGCUUGACAGAAUGCUUCCAGAAUUAAAGAAAAGGGGACACAAGGUUCUUUUGUUUUCACAAAUGACUUCAAUGUUGGAUAUUUUAAUGGACUACUGCUACCUAAGGAACUAUAGGUACAGUCGACUGGAUGGAUCCAUGACCUAUACAGAACGAGAUGAAAAUAUGAGCAAGUUCAACAAUGAUCCAGAAGUUUUCAUCUUUUUACUAAGUACUAGAGCUGGUGGACUUGGCAUUAACUUAACCGCAGCAGAUACUGUCAUCAUAUAUGAUAGUGACUGGAAUCCACAGUCUGACCUUCAGGCCCAAGACAGAUGCCAUAGGAUUGGUCAGACAAAGCCAGUUGUUGUGUACCGCCUAGUGACUGCCAAUACAGUUGACCAGAAGAUCGUGGAGAGGGCUUCUGCAAAGAGGAGGCUAGAAAAGCUGGUGAUUCAUAAAAACAAGUUUAAAGGUGGUCAGUCAGGAAUGGCGCAGUCCAAGAGUAGCUUAGACUUGGAGGAGCUUAUGGAGCUACUUAAAUCCAGAGAUCAUGAAAGAGAGGUGAAUGGCUCGUCAGGCACUGUCAUCAGUGAUAAUGAUCUCAAAAUGUUGCUAGACAGAAGUGAUCUUGAAAAUAUGAAAAAUCGUGAUCCGGUUAAAGAAGAAAGGGGAGUUUUCAAAGUUUUGCAUCCUGAAACUGCAGGUUCAGAGUUGCGGUUAACAUGAGAAGCCUUUGUAUUUGGUACAGAGGAACAUUAUGCUUUUUGUAUAUAGACUUAAACCUUGAAAUUACCACAUUCUCAUUGCUUUGGUAUUAUAAAACUUGGCACAAAAGUUGCUGGAUUUUCAGAUGUUUAUACUACAGAAAUGUUUGUAGACUGAACUAGUUAAAAGUUUCAGUUGCUACAAACAAGUUGAGGUUUUAAGAAAACAUCAUUACUAGCAAUGUAUUUUUUUAACAGUACUGUACAAGGAAGAGUCUAUGUAUACACGUCUCUGCACUUAUUGUACUAAAUCAGCAUUGGUGGUUAGUCAUCCUCAUCGAACACUGAUCAUCUUUUAGAUCACCUUCCUAUGGAAGUUAUGUUAAUAUUUCUGUAAUAUUCUGCUGUUUAAAAACCAGAUGUUAUUUUGAAUGUUCUUUUAAGAGUGCAUACCUUUGUGAGUAAAUAAACAUUUUUAAUGAUUUUGAAUUUCA